AUGCGCUUCUUCACAUGGCUCGGCCUCUUGGCCGCCGCGUUGCUGGUUCAGGUCCAGUUUGCACGUGCUUUCACUGUCACAGUCACUCAGGUCUCAUGUCUUUACCUCAAUUUCGCCCUUGCCGUCACCACUCCUGAGAGUUCCGUUGCCUCGGCUCUAGGUCUCUUCCCUGGCCCCAACAACAACACCGAGAUCUCUCAGGUCGCCUUCAACGACGUCUACGAAAGCACAAACACGUACACUUUCUACUCACCCUUUUUCACUCCCAUCACUCAAUCGGGCUUGCAGCAAAUCACUUUCCGUCUGCUCGACGAGAACGGUGAUGUCCUCCCCGCCUACCCUCCCGUCACCCAGCCGAUCACGUUCCAGUGUGGCACCACCAUCACCACCUCCUCGGCAGCUUCCAGCUCGCCCACCAGCGCUUCUGGCUCCAACUCGGGAGGCUCCAGCAGUGAUAGCAACAGCUCCACCAGCUCAGGCUCCUCCACCGGCGCUAUUGCUGGUGGUGUCGUGGGUGGUGUCGUUGCUCUGCUUGCUCUCGCUUUGCUUGCCUUCUGCCUCAUGAGGAGGAAGAAGAAACAACGUGCCCAGCAGAGCCGUCUCCGCAACGAUGAGGUCGACGAAGCCGCAUUCCGUGCUCCGAAUAAUGAUUCGACCACGUCCCUUGCUACUGCUCCCGAGACGGCCAACACACCCAUGAUGCGCGAUAUCUCGACCAAAAACGUUUUUGCCGACCCCACCAAUUCGACUGCAUCGGGUGCCGCAUCUGGCUCCUCCAAUCUGCUCAGUGCCAACAACCAGGCUGCUUCUAAGCCUGGAUACACACUGGGUGCAGCCGGCGCUGGUGCCGCCGCUGCUGGCGGUAUCGGCGCUGCCGCCAUUGCGGCUCGUAAGCAAUCGCGUGAACAGUCGCGUGCCGCAUCGCCUGCUGGCCGCGCCUCCCUUUCAAGCCCCUCGUCUGAAUCGUUGAACAAAAAUGUGCCAUCCUCGCAGUCGCCUCCUCCGGUCCCAGCGCUUCCCGCAUCUGCUGCUUAUCGCAACGCUGCGGCUACCUCUCAGCCCGCAUCAAAGGACUCGGCGCCAGCAACGUAUCCGUCAACGACCACAUCCAUGGAGUCUGCGCAAAAAUCCAGCGUCGCUGAUGCUGCCGCUGCGUCAGCUGCUGCAGCAGCAGCCGGCGCCACUGCCAAUAUGGCGUCUUCGGACAGCAAGGACAAGGACAGCAAGGGCAAGAAUGGCAGCAAAUGGGGCUUCAAGCGCGCUUCAAAGGAUAUAGGCAACACUAGCAAGCCUCCCUACCCACAAGCUGUCGCCGAGCCCGUUGCAGCAGCCGCUCCAGCUUCAGUUUCCGUUCCGGCGCCCGUCACCAGUCUAACACCAUCGCCACUGUCGAGCAGCCCAUCUGAAGCGCCCGCUUCGCCAUCACGUUCGUUCAAGGUGAUCCAAAAGCAGCCCGCAGGCGCACCUGUAGUCGCACCUGCUUCGGCAGCUGGACCCAGCAGUGCCUCGAUUGCCCCCAGCGAGAACAGCUUGAAUCGCACACCCGUGCUUCCGACCCGAUCGGGCCAUGCUACACCCGCAGGCUCGAUCCGUGGCAACAACUACUCGCGAGCUCCGUCGGUGGCCUCCAUGUCGGCUGGCUUUGCCGAUGCACCUCCUCUGCCAUCGGGUGCGGCCUCGGUCUCGUCGAUGCCAACUUCAGAAUUCGGCGGCAACAUGGCGGGUGUCGGAGCCGGACGCGCUUUCGCCGCUUCGUCGGGCAACUCGACCAAGUGGCACCAGCAGAGCUAUAACGUCAUGCCCAACUUUAGCCACCGCGCAUUAGCGCGCUCGACGCAACUCGAUGAGGACCUCAUUUUUGGUCAUCUGGGAAUGGGUCUCACCCCACCACCGGGCCCUGCAGGCAACGGUAGCGAGUCGGGUAGCUCCAAGAGCCGUACCGAUCCGUUUGGCGAUCGUUAA